AUGCAACCAUCAUUCUCCCUUCAGACUGCGGCUGAAGGCUCGAACAAGUACGGGCAGGAGGACAGCAACUACCCCGUGCUCGAGACGUUCGCCGAAAGGGGAAUCCUCGAGGUCAAGAUCAUCGUGUCGACCUACCACUGGGGCCAUGUCGAGAUGUUCCUCUGCAACGCCGCCAACCUCCCCGGCGACCCCGACAGCACCGCCACGCAGUCCUGCUUCAACGAGCACCCCCUGGAUCGCGCGGACGACGACGAGUUAAACGGCCCUGUCGACCCCGACAACACCGGGCGCUUCAUCCUCGACCCCCCCUGCCGCGCCAGCGAAAUCGACCAGGAAGUGCUGGACGGCGCUUACCCCUGUGAUGAGACCACCGCGAGAUUCAAGCUGCCCCAAGGCCUCAGCCGCGAGGGCUGCGUGGAAACCGACGAGCCCACGUACGUUCCCACUCCCGAGGGCGGAGAAGUGGAGGAGGGGACGGACGAGCCCACACCCGCGCCCACCGCCGAGCUCGAGCCGGCCACGCCCAUGGCCGGCCACGCCCAUGGACUCUCCGACCGAGCCGAUCGUGGCGAUCUUCGCGCCGUCGGAGGGGCGGAGUACGAGGGGUCCACCUGCUGUAGAACCGGCUACGACUGCGUGGAGAUGGCGGACUGCUACUCCGAGUGCGAAGGACUGCACUGGGAAGGCCCCUAGUGCUGCUGGCCCGGCGCCCGUUGCGCCGAGCGCACCAAGUGGUUCCACCAGUGCAUUCCCGAGGAUGCCGCGGCCUGAUAAAUAUCCGUUCCUCCUUCCCUCCAAGCGCGUUGUUCCGGUGGUGAACUGGCUUGGUUGUUGAAAGCUUAGGUCUGCUCUCCGCCAUACAUGUGCACGCGGGGAAUUAGGGAGAGGAUGAAUCGUGAAGUCGCUGUUUUGGACGGCAAUCUUUAAUUGUUUGGUAGAGCUACUGCCUUCGUACAUGUUGCACCGUGUCGUUCACCCAAGUGGCCGCGGUCUUCAAUGUAGCAGUUUGGUUUUCCCUGAAGGCUUGCGAUGCUUACUAGUUUCGUGGUGCGAAACAGGUUUACAUAAAGGUGCAACGGCGAUAAUAACGAGCUCAAGAAGAAGCUGCAGAUGCAUGCAUGCGAAAGAAUGGCGAAGACAAAUAGAUGAAAUCCACGUGUUGUUGAAAUGACGUGAAAGAUCUACAUUUCAGGAAGUUUUGACGUGCCGAGGUUACGCCGCUUUUUUGGAGGCAAACUCUGACGGCGACAUUUUUUUUUGUUUUCUUAAUAUGACACAACGAGUCCAUCUCUGUCAUUGAUAAGCGUCAGAGACAGAUUGACAAUAGAAUCAUAGCGUCAGAAAAACUACCUGUAUGGCUACGAUUUCCCAGACAGCAUAUAGGGACAUCUCCCCUGCGGAUAACAGGCUCAACAAAUCAGUUUGAUAGCUGUCUUGUGUGUCUCAUAUAUGUAAUGUUGGGAAGGUGCAGAAGAAGGUUUUGGGUGCUGUUGGUUAGUCGGGCGUUUUGUGUGUCGCACCCUGUUAGUUGUAGGACAUGGAAUCUCCAUCAGUUUACAAACGUAUUUUCAGUUUGGUAUGCAUAUGUGCGGAGUAUAUGCGGCUGAUUCCAUCUUUGUCAUAGAAAAAAGUCAGAGACAGAUUAACAAUGGAAUCAUAGCGUCGGAGAAAACUACCUGUAUGCCUACGAUUUCCUAGAUAGAAUAUAGGGACAACUCCCCUGCGGGUGACAGGCUCAAAAAAAAAAAUCAGUUUGGUAGCUGUCUUGUGUGUCUCAUAUAUGUUAUGUUGUGUAAUUUCAUGUCGUUAAAUGCGCGAAGGGCACAGGAGAACAUUUUCUCAUUAUUGCCUCCUGAUGACGUGGUCGCCGAUAGAGGCGCGUGGUUGAUGAGGUUUCAUCACCGACAUGUGGGUGUGUGUUAAAUGCAGUGGGUAUGUUCACCUCUCUCGUCCGUGUGUAGGCAGGAGGUAUGGCUACCUCUCCUAUUUGUGAGCAGCGCGGACCAUAAGAAUACACAGAGUUUAUCAUUUCAUACAUGCUACAUCAUUUAUCUUUGACAAGGGAGGAAUGAGAGGUUGUGCGUAUGGGUACGGGGGUACUCCGUGUGUCCGUGUUGUUCCCAGAUGUUGUCGCAUCAAGUGGCAGCAUGUGUCAUGGACAGGUAGACGUGGAAGGACGGCGACAGGUGAACGGCAGCAGUAGUAAGUUGUGCAUGGUGGCAUGUUGGGCUUGUACAGAGACGCAGUCCACCUUCGACCACACACAAAGGAGUUUGUUC